AUGCACAUUUCAGCUGAGGUAAGUUCGACCACCUCAAACCAAACAAAGCAACAGCAGCAGCAACAUCAACAGCAGCAGCAACAACAACAACAACAAGCGACACAGCAGCAACAUACAACGGCAACAACAACAAUAACAACAACGGGCAGCACAACGAAGCGACGCAAUGCAGAGAGCAAUAAUAACAACAGCAAUACCAACAACAACAACAACAACAACACUAACAGCAAUAACAACAACAACAACAAUAGCAAUAGCAAUACGAAAAGCAAACCCGUGGAUACCAGUCCAUAUUUGACACCAGAAAAUCUGAUCGAGCGCACCGUCGAUGUCCUGUUAGCGGAGCAUCCUGGUGAGCUUGUGAAAACAGGCUCACCACAUGUGGUCUGUACCACACUGCCCACCCAUUGGCGCUCCAAUAAGACAUUGCCCAUUGCUUUCAAGGUGCUGGCUCUGGGCGAGGUCAUGGAUGGCACCAUUGUCACCAUACGAGCUGGCAACGAUGAGAACUUUUGUGGUGAGCUACGCAACUGUACCGCCGUCAUGAAGAACCAGGUGGCCAAGUUUAAUGAUCUUCGGUUUGUCGGACGCAGCGGCAGAGGUAAAAGCUUUACGCUGACUAUUGUCAUCUCAACGAAUCCCAUACAAAUCGCCACCUAUACGAAGGCCAUCAAGGUGACUGUCGAUGGUCCCCGAGAGCCGCGCUCCAAGGUGCGUCAUCAGGGCUUUCAUCCGUUCGCCUUUGGACCACAGCGCUUUGGCCCAGAUCCACUUAUGGCCGGAUUGCCCUUCAAGUUGCCAGGUUUCGCACAUCAUUUGGUGGGGAUGCACAGUCAUCUGCAUGCACCGGAUUGGAGAGCUCACAUGGCGCUGGGAGGACGUCCAGGGUUUCCAGCUGGACCUUUCUUUGCACAUCACCAUGGAGCUGGCUUUCCGGCUGCGGCGGCGAGUGGACUGCGUGGCUUAAGCGGUAAGUAUCAAUCACAUCUAGAGAGUCAGCAGCAGCAGCUGUCGACGGUGGGCGCGGCGCAUAGUACGACAAGUCCGGAGGGAUCGCCGACGACCACGACGACGAGUGCGACACUGAGUGCGUUUGUGCAACCGCCGGCUGGUAAUGCCGGCUCACCACCCCUGACCUUGACGCUGACCAGUCUGCAGCAUCACGACAAUAACAACAACAACAGCAGCAGCAACAUCGAUGCGGGAUUCGAGAGUGACAGCAUCUCGGUGACGGGAUCACCGCGCAAGAGCAUCAGUUCGUUGACACACGACGAGGAGGAGCCCGAUGCCGAUGCCGAGGCGGCACGCAGUCGGAGUCCCACGCUGCUCAGUGCGGAUGCCAGCAGUGUGGCAACGCUAGCUGAGCCGGCACCAGGCAGCGGAGGAGGUGCAGGUGGAGGUGGAGGUGCCUUUACGGCACUCAUUCAACGCAGCAAGAAUCCCACGGAACUGUUUGGCGGAUUUGCCGCCGCCGGAGCGGGACACUUUGCUCCGUCGGCGCACAGCUUCAAUCCGGCGCUGGCGGCCCAGCUCUUCCUGCAGAGUCCACUGUUGCCACAGUCGAGUCAGUGGCUCUACACGCAGCUCUACGGCAGCUACAGUGAACUCCCCUGGUUGCGCAGCGCGGCGGCGGCAGCAGCAGCCGGUACAGCACCACAGCAGCAGCAGCAGCAGGAGCCAGUUGCUCCACCCACGGUAUCCACGGAUGCCGAUGGCGUUAAUCUCAUCAAGCGUUGCGUCACACUGAUCACACACAAUCCACCGGAUGCGGAGAAUGCCAAUCCCAAUGCCUCGCCACCUGUGAGCUCCACACGCCGCUCCCCCUCGCCCGUGGAGACCAUCGAUCUGGACGAUGUCAGCACCACAUCGCGUUCGGCCAGCGGCUCCAGCGGAGCGGGCGGACCGAUCCGUACACGUACGCCCAAACCGACGGCGGAUGUCUGGCGUCCCUACUAG